CUGUGUGUCUUGCCAACUCAGACUCGGGUUUUUGACAGUGCAACGUGAAAAUGGACGUCCCAUCUGGCUUCAGACAGCCUGGGCAGAAACGGAAGGCCAAGGGCACCAAGUCACAGAAGCCUCAGUUGUUUCAAGACACCAGCUCCCCACCACAACCAGGACAGUUUCCUCCCCCUGGCAACUAUGGACAACCACAAGGUUAUGACCCAAGUGGAAUGCCACCUGGUGAUGUCAAUCAGUUUCCUGGACAACAGUACAUUCAAGACCCCAUGGCUAACUUGGCAAUGCAGUAUGGCACCUCAUGGGCAGGCCAGAGUAAAGAUAUGCUCAACAAGAAUAUAGAACAGUAUGUAGCGACGUCCAAAAUCAAAUAUUACUUUGCUGUAGACACAGCUUACGUUGGCAAGAAGCUGGGGCUUCUGGCUUUCCCUUUCACACAUGCAGACUGGUCCAUUAAGUACAACCAGGAUGAGCCGGUAGCUCCAAGAUAUGAAGUCAAUGCUCCUGAUUUAUAUAUUCCAGUAAUGGCAUUUGUCACCUAUAUCUUGGUAGCAGGUCUAGUACUAGGAACACAAGACAGGUUUACUCCAGAGCAACUAGGUAUCCAAGCAAGCUCUGCCCUUGUUUGGUUCAUCAUUGAGUUGCUGGUUGUCAUGUUCACGCUGUACGUGAUGAACCUGAGGACUGACCUCAAGUACCUCGACAUCAUGUGUUACUUGGGAUACAAGUUUGUAGGAAUGAUCGUGUGUAUGCUGGCAGGCCUAGUGUUACAACGUAUGGGCUACUAUGGAGUGCUGCUCUGGUUCAGCAUCUCACUCGUCUUCUUCCUGGUUCGAACACUGAGGGUGCAGAUACAGCCCCACAGUACUGGGGACGAUUUCUCUCGUGGAAACAAACGCAGCUUAUAUCUUAUACUGACUAUAGCAAUAUUACAGCCUUUACUCAUGUGGUGGCUCACAAAUCAUAUCAUGUUUGGAAGGAAACAGUAGAUGUGCACCAGGUGUAGUGGCUGGACCAUACUUGUCUCUGCUGGAGGGCACAGGUGGUCCAGUGUCUUAGCGCAGUCAGUAUCACUUGGCCUGGGUUCAGUCCAGACUCAUCCUGGUGUGACCCUUGGUCUGUCAGCUUUGUACAAGUGCAGAUGGAUUUCACCCUUUGUGGUAAACUUCUAGGGUGUAUGUCAGAUAGGGAUUUUCUCCCACAUGAAGCUGACACACAGUGAUACUGUUCAGAGCAGUGAUAAACCAAAACUCUUAUUUACUUGACUAAAUAAAGAAAGUAAGUCAUGUUGGACCAGGUGUUAUCAGAAUAGGCAGAGAUCAGUGGAGGAAUUGUGAAUUUUUCUGUUGAAUCCAAUUAAUGUAUGCAUGAUGUAAUGUAUUAUGAUGAUUAGAAGAAUAUAUUCAUCCUCAAGAAAGAAUGUUUACGCUUUGUCUUCCUGGUAUCGUGGGGGGGAUUUUAGGUGUUUUACCUAUCUCCUUUUGAAAAUUCAACUGUACUAAGAAAUCCACUAUUUUAACAGUUCUUGAGAAAAGGAAGCUAAAAAGGACAGACCACCACCCAAAGGAUAAAAAUGUUGAUCAUGUUGAAAGAAAUAUUAUAUCGUGUCGAUAUUAUUUAGAAAAGGUUCUUCAAAUCCCGACCCCUGAUUGUUUCUAGGCUUGUCAGCACCAAACUGGUGCUUCACCAAAGUGUUAAAUGUUUAAAACUUACAACACUCGAAGUUUCCACAUUAAGCUGACACAUGGUGAUAAAACUGGAAUACUGUUCAAAGCAGCUUUAAACCUAACACUCUCAAUGAGAAUAAGUUCUAAUACAAAUAUUUCAAUAAUAGGUCAUGUACGUCGCACAUAGGUAAUGUUUUAUACAGUAUUAUGUUGUUGUGCAUGACUGGAUCAUUGAAUGUACAGUUAUACUGUUCGUCCUGAGUACCCACCUUAGCAAUGGUUACUGUUUCAAACAUAUAUACAUGCUCUUGCUCUCACAUAAGCUGAACUUCAGGGUAUCGUUGGAUAUGUCAAUCUGACCUUAGUUUAACAAAAGUUUCAGGUACAGCUGAAGCUGAUGAUCAAACCAGUUGGUAUACAAACCCUUAUGUUCACAUGUAAUUUUAAGAUGCAAACAGGCAAGGGAUAAUCAUAAUUACCAUCAAAUAGUUAUAAAAUGUCAUUAAAUAGUCAAUUUUGGUUUGUGUUUUCAAUACAUGUAUUUCACUUUGUAGCCUAAAAUGAUUUUUUUUUGUCAAAAAAUAUAUACAGGAUUUGAUUACAUUGAAUUGCUCUUUUCAUACUGACAAUUAUCGUGGUGCUUAAUUAUUUUCAAAGUGUAUGUAUAGAUUCAAAACUGUAUCACAUUGCUCCCAAGGAGUCAUUAAUCGAUUUCAAUAGGAACAAUCAGAUACUGAUACUUUCUCUUUAUGUCAAGAGCAGUUGGAUUUGUGGUUUGGAUUUGUCAAAUUUGUUCAAGAUCGUCAGAAUCUAUUCCUCACAUCUGUAAACUGUGCUGUUCCCCCAAAACAUUUUUUCUCAAGCUGUUUAUCAUUUUCUGAAAGCUGUGUAACUUCCUACUCUUAUUUCUUAAAAGCAGUUUUUAUAUACAUUGAUACUUUCUAUGCCAUCUUCAGCUGUGUCAUGACAAGAUGGAGUUUUAUUUUUGUGCUUGGUAAAUUCCGUAACUUGCAUUGUACAAAAAGCAUGUUCAUACUUCAACUGAUAUUAAAAUUGUCAUUUUCAUUUAACAUAUUAGUUGUUAUGCAUGUGAAACUUGUAGACUAUAGACGUUUCAAAUGUUAAGUUGAAUGUAGUGGAUGAUAUUUCUAAUAAUGACUGUUCUGCCAAACAUAUUCCACAAAGUGCUGUAUGACCAUUUUAUUUGCUGUGCUUGUCAAGAUUUAGAGUUAUCUCCCUUCCUUUGUGCAAUGUUUUAAGUAAAUGCUACCACUACAGAAUAUUUAGAACAGGUUUGAUUUAAGUUAUUAACUUUUCAAAUAAAUUCAUCCUGAUCUUAAACAUCUGAAAUUUACAAAAAUAUGUCUUUACUAAAUUUGUCUCUGUUGAAUGUUUACUUAAUUCAUCAUCUUGUAAUCCAAUUCAAAUUCAUUAAAGUGAAAUGUUCAUCACAUAAUUUUCAAGUGAUUAUGUUCAGUUGAUCAACCAUUUACCAUAUGUUGUUUCUGUUUAGUUACAAAGGCUUGCCAGAUCUUAUUUAUUGUGCUCAACCAAAAUCAGUUGCAGGUGAAUAUCAUUUGUCAAACACAUGACAUUCAACCUCUGUACAUACAAGUCUGUAAAUGUGUACAUUACUGUGUGGUUGGUAUACUUUAUGGGGAAACUUUUUCGUGACUUUGUAAUACAGUUGCAACAAAGCUUGUAAAUAAAAAAUGUUAUAUUGUU